AUGCCACUAGCAGUGCCAUCUAAGUCGUGGUUUCAGUACCUCUUGCCAUCGUUCAAGCUGGAUGAUACUAAGCAUCACCUGGACGUGCUGCGUGUACUGUCAGUAUUGACAUGGUUUCUUUGUGCAAUAGUCGUCCAUAUCACGUCUCUCUUCCCUCUCUUCGACUCGUCACCUCACGCAGCUCUUCCAGCCUCGAGUUCGUCAUUGCUGCAUUCACUAAGCCAUCCGUUACUGCGUUGGGAUGCCUUCCAUUUUGGACACAUCGCACAGCAUGGCUAUGUCUACGAGUAUGAAUGGGCGUUCUUCCCCGGAACACCCCUCCUCAUGCGGGGCGCAGCAAGUGUGGUCCGUCUGUUUGAAGUCCGGAGCGCGUCGCCAGAAACUCCGGGCUGGGAGGAUGUCCUGCUUGGUGGUGCACUUGCUGCUUGCUUGUGCAGUUCGACGACUACGCUGUAUCGUCUUACUCUGCACCAUUUUCGCUCGCCGUCGCUUGCCUUUCUUGCUGCUCUUCUCUCUCUGCUCCCAAGUAGUCCAGCCACUCUCCGCCUUGCAGGAUACAGCGAGCCAUUUUUUACGUAUCUAUCUUACAGAGGGAUGCUAUAUUGCACUAGAUCCCAGUGGUUCUUUGCAGCGUGUACUUUUGCGCUUGCAGGCAUGUUCCGAUCGAAUGGUAUUCUGUUGUCGGGUUUCAUCCUCUGGGGCGUCCUUGUUGAGCCGUUUCUGACUACACGAAAGGUACCGUUCAAGAAGCUGGCUUACGCCGUAGCGCUCACCUCACUCACUGUAAUGCCCUUCGUCUCUCAUCAAUACACCGCCUACCGCGCAUUUUGCGGAGGCUCCGCCACACCUGCCCCCUGGUGCAUUAGCGUCCCCCCAUUGAUAUACUCCUAUGUGCAGGCGAAGUACUGGAACGUCGCCUUCCUACGCUACUGGACUCCACAACAGCUGCCGAACUUUCUCAUUUCCGCACCUAUUCUCGCGCUUUUGUUUUCAUACACGACCUUCUACAUUCUUCACGCGCUCAUUCCGCGCUUGCAUUCACUCCUGCUAGGACGACCGUCCGGAAGAUCCCUGCCUGCAUCGCCCUUCCUCGCGUCUUCGCUUGCACCACACGCCAUUCACGCCCUUCUGACUGCGCUUACCCUCCUGUUCACAGCUCACACCCAAAUUGUGCUUCGGUUUGCCGCCACCAUGCCGCUCACUUACUGGGCUGCAGCGUGGCUCGUCGUCGAGCAUCCUCGGUGGGGCGCAUGCUGGGUCAGCUGGAGCGUGGUAUGGGGCGCUACAAUGCUCGUCCUCUGGGGUGCAUUCCUCCCACCUGCGUAA